GGUUAGCAGGGUCACGUGACCGGCUGGGUCCAGCCGCCGCUGUCAGUGUGAUGGAGGAGAGAAAGAAGUUAAUAGAUGAGACGAGGCAGCGUUUCACCAGCGAAUAUUUACAAGACAAGGCUGAAAAAUAUGAUUCCCGAGAUGUUGAAAGACUAAAACAAGAUGAUGGGUGGGUUGAGAGCUAUCUGCAAUGGAGACAUCACAACGUGGAUGACACAUUGAAAAUGAUUGAUGACAGUUUUCAAUGGAGAAAAGACUUUUCUGUUCUUGAUUUAAGUGAGUCCAACCUUCCUCGAUGGACUUUUGAAACUGGAGCUGUUUACCUUCAUGGGUAUGAUAAAGAAGGCAACAAAAUGUUUUGGUUUAGAGUGAAGUUACAUGUCAAGGAUGCAAAGACAUCUUUGGACAAAAAGAAGUAUGUAGCCUUCUGGUUGGAACGUUAUGCCAAAAGAGAGCAAGGAAAACCUCUUACAGUGGUGUUUGAUCUGACUGAGACUGGAUUAAGCAAUAUAGAUCUGGACUUUGUGCGCUUCAUCGUCAACUGCUUUAAGAUCUAUUAUCCUAAGUACCUUUCAAAAAUGGUGGUCUAUGAAAUGCCAUGGAUAAUGAAUGCUGCCUGGAGGAUGAUAAAAUCAUGGCUGGGUCCAGAUGCCAUCAACAUGCUGAAAUUUACCAACAAAGCUGACGUGCAGGAAUAUAUAAAUACUGAGUAUUUGCCGGCACAUAUGGGAGGAAUUGACCCCUUUAAAUAUAGCUACCCGCCAUUGCCAGAUGAUGAUUUUCAAACACCCAUAUGUGAAAAUGGCCCAAUCCCAGGUGAAGAUGAAUUGGAUGGAAAAGAAAAAGGAGAUGGAGAUAGCAAGGAAACUGUUGACACUAACCACAAUGAAGAGCCCUUGCAGAAACCAAAAAAGGUUUCUUUCGAUGACACCGAACGGCCAGAUUCAAAGACAAAAUCAGCAAAGAAACCGCAAACAGUAUUCAGGGGAUCAUUGCUACACAUAAGUCCAGCUGAAGAUAUUCACUUUGGCUCUAAAGAAAGUGGAGAAACUAAAUGUUUGAUAGUUCUGACCAAUGUGACAAAGAACUCUGUUGCAUUUAAGGUUAGAACAACAGCCCCAGAGAAAUACAGGGUGAAACCAAGCAAUGGCAGCUUUGAGCCAGGCACUUCACUGGAUAUUCUAGUGUCACUCCAUGGAGGUGUUGAAGCCUCCCCCCAGGACAGGUUUCUGGUGAUGGCUGCUGAGAUGAACCAAGCAGCAGGAGGGGGUCCUCCUGACCUGGGUCAGUUCUGGAAGGAAGUUCCUAGAGACCAAGUGAUGGAGCACAGAUUAAGAUGCCAUGUUGUAGAAAGUUAUAAGGCUAUUAAUGCUGCCAAGGAGAAUUCCUUUAAAGGAUUUGCCAUUAGUUCCAGCCAAGAAGAUUUGCAUUCGAAGGUAGAUAACCAAAUUAUUGGCAUCCAAUAGACGACUCGAGGAGCAGGUCAACCGUUGUGUCUGGUUCCAGCAACUAUUAACUGCCUUGGUUACGUUGUUAGUGGCCAUCAUCAGUCUGUCCCUGUACCUGCACUCCCCAGACAAAGACACGCAGUAACCGAACAAGCUUCUCGAUCCACACAAGACCUUUGUAAACCAAAGUCUCUGAUUUUUUAAAAAAAUCUUGUUUUCAAGUUGCCAAUAAUUCACAUGUUGGAGGUGACAAGCUGACCAAUUUUUGUUCAUUAUAACUGCCGUUUUUUAAAAACAAUUUGAUAAUGUUUGUAUAUAAGAAACUAAUUUUCAUCUUGGAAAAAACCUGCCUAACGAUGACCAUCUUAAUGAAUCAUGAAUAAUUGUGCAAUUUGAAGCCAAUCUGUAAUAUAUCUUGGUGCUACUAAUUGAAAUGACUCAAAAUGGUUAAUGCACUGUUCACCCUGGAAAUAUUUGGGUAGAGUUCUGAAGCCCUUUCCAUAAACAAACGUCCAUGUCAAAAUGCACUUUGAUAUCUGUAAAUGCUUGCUACAUGUUAUGGAGCCAAAUCUUUUUUUUCUGGUAGUUCCUCAAUGUGCUAGAUGAUGGGUUGUAAGAAAAUAUUGGACCAUCCAGUGAUUUUGGCCUCUCAGGAGAACAGUGGUCGUUCAUUACCCUUUUAAAUGCAGUGGCGACAACUAUUGAAUGUACCUUUUACAAUCAAAAAAAAUGUCAUUUACUAAACAAUUGGUAUUGACUGUUUGCCAGCCUGAUGAGUUUAGUCAAUGUGAAUGCAAUUAUUAAAAAGAAAUGAAGGUUCCCAAGUUUACUUUAAGAUUGUUUCGGAUAAACCAUGUACUGGCUGCAUUUAUCUUAUACAAUAGUAUACCAACAUUAGAUUUUAGAUUGGUUUAAAACAGAAAUGCUGGAUAACUUAAAACUGUUGUGAAUGAUCACGUUUUCUCAUGCUUUCCUUUUUGGAAAGUAAUUUUCCUAAGUUUGCUUCAUGUUCUAAGUUAAAUGCUGUGUACCGAAUUCAAGAUUCUGUGCCAAGGAACCCAAGUACAUAAAUGCAACACUUCUCUUAGAUAUGUUAUUUUCUUCUGGAAUAAGCACGCAGGAAGAACCAAGUGUGCCCAAACUGAUGCCAGCAAGCUGUAGCAAUGUUGCCCUAGAAGCCCAAGGUAACUCGAUCUCACUUGCACUUGAUGUUUGCUUUUUCAUUGAAUUUUUUGUAGAUCUGGAGUUUGGAAAAAGUCACCAGUGCUGUUGCCUUAUUGAAUUAAAAUGUUGAUAUCUGUUCACAUCAAAAACAAGAGAUGUAGGCAAAUUUCAUGAAAACUGAGUUUAAACAUUUGGUGACUCCUGAAUCUCUGUGCUCACAAAGACUUUAUGCUGACACUGUGGAGAAAUGAAGCACCCCAUGGUCCAGAGGAAACUUAAUUCCGUUAAUCACAUCUCUCCUGCAGUCUGGUUGCAUAGGGAUUACCUGCCACCUUUUGAGAAUUUUGUGCCAUGGACAACCCCAAACUUAAUGAAAAAGUUGAGAGUGACAAUUGAUUCCUUUAAUAGAAUAUGUUAUCAUUACAAAACUGAAGGUAAGAUUGUCACUAGGACUUCAUUUGAAAUCAAUUUAAUGCCAGGUGCUGUAAACUGAUAUUUGUCUGUUCGCAAACCUAUACUGCAAACAUUGAACCGUGUGUAUCUACCUACUUUAUAAAUGCAAAACUGCUAAUGCUUCAUUGAUACACUGAUCAGAUAACAUAUCAGAAAAUAGUGCAUUUUUAAAAAAGUUUCAAGCAGCGAUGCAUUGGAGAUAAGUUAACCAGUAUAUAAAAUGUGAAGUUAAUCACUUCAUUAAGUGAGCAAGAGCCUUACUGAAUUGUAGUGAUAGCAGUUUGGCAGUAUUCAUUUUGUUUUUUUUUCCCAGAUCUUUUUGUUUUAAAACAAAUAUAAUUGUGUAGCACUGGAGCUGAAAAUAAUCUGUUGUGAUUAAUCAGCUAGUUAUUUGGGUUCAUAGCUCACUACCAACAAAUAUAAAAAAUCAGAUCACUUAUAAAGCUGUACUAUAUUUAAAACUUUUUCAAUAGAACUAUGUAACUCAUAGUACAUUAGUGUACGGAUUACCAAUACGAAAAGCUGGCAAUUUAGAUUAAAAUGCACUUUAUGGUAUGAAAUUGCUGAUCAUAUUGCCUUUGACACUCCAAAUGGACUGUUUGUUAGUGUUUUAUAUUGUUUGGAAAUAAACAUUCUGCAAUCACAUUA